CGCAACACACACACACACAUCAGUCACCUCUCUCUCUCAAUUCUCGACUGCUCGUCCCUCUCUCCCUCUCGGACUCACGGCCGCGUGCCACCACCCCCGGCGACGAAUGCCGCUCCGGUCAUCCUCACCAUCACCCUCGACUGAUCGGAACCCUAGUCCCUCCAUUCUCCUCCCUUCCGGCGACGACGACAGCGACGAGCUGCCGCAGCGCCUGAACCCUAGCCUCCCCUCUUCUCCCUCCCUAGAUUUCCCGGCGACAGCAACCCACGGCCGCCGCCGUCCUCCGCUCUGCCCUCCGCGGCCCCAGCCCAGACCAGACCAGACACCACCCAAAUCUCCCUCUCACAACACGGCACCCCUCUGAUCUCCAGCAACCGCGGCGGAGCCACGGCCGCCACCCUCUCCCUCAAAUCUUCGGUCGACAGCAGCCGAUGAAACAGACUACCGCCGGUUCUCCCCCGGCUCUCUCUCAAACCUCUCGCUUGGCCGAACAGUAGCGGCACCACCGCCGUGUCCCGCCUCCCUCUCCAUUUCCCGUCUCUAUUUAAUCAGCAAGGUAACUCUCUCUCUUACCCGAUUCGACACAGCAGCCCCAAGUUGAAAGCAAACUCAUAAAAAUUCUUUCUUUAAAACAUUGAAACUUGCAUAACAGAGUAUAGUAUAGCUCCCAUUCAAAAAUAUGCAUAUAUAUACAGAAAUGAUGAGAUGGUUAUGCUCAUAUGAUAUGUCAUGAAUCUACUGCUUAACAACGUGUAUAAACUCGUGUGGUUUGCUGAAAUAAGAUUUGAGAGGUGUUUAAAUCAUAUGUAGAAUGUAAGUGUUCAAGAUGAAACCUUAGGAAGACUGAUUUUUGCUGAAAUUGUUGGUCUUAAACAAAGCAGAAGUAUGGCCAGAUUUUUUUUACCAAAUUUGGACUGAUUUCUGCUUUUAACAACCAAAUUUCUGCUUAAAUUUGGUAAAAGAACAAAGCAAACAAGGGCUGAUUUUUAAAUUUUGUUGCACUGCACCCAUUACUGUUAAGACCAACAAUUUCAGCAGAAAUCAGUCCAAAUUUCAACAGCUAAAGAAAAACUGGGCAACUCAGAGACAAGAAAAAAUUAAGCCACUUAAAAAAUUCGCUAAUUCAAAUAGAAACUAAAAAGGAAAAAAACUCAUAAUCCAAAUUCUUACAUGUCUCCACUACUAAGCCACACAAAAUUCCACGCCGAGCACCAAGUUAGAGAAAAUAAACAAAACAAGUAGAAAGAGAAAUCGAGAGAACAAAUAGCUGAAGAAACGAUGAGAAGAGUGGGGAAAAGGAGAGAAGGGGAAGAGUUAGUUACCUCGUGGUCGGAUUUAGAGAGCUCCAAUGGCUGCAAGCAACAAAGGUACUACUGAAAGCAGCAACGGCAUGGGGUGAAGCUUUUAACGAAUUACAUUUUGGACCCCUAACUGAAGUGGUGGAAAUCUUUUACAUGGGAGCGCCUCACAUGGAUGAACUAAGUUUCACUGAUUCUGAGCUAGAUCAUCAUGUUAGGAAUGCCCUCAAAGCUGCUAUUCAGGGCGACUGCAACUUUUAUAACCAGCUUGUGGCAGUGAUACACCAUAAAGAGCGUCUUGUUACUGAAGAGGUGGCCCUUCUUGUGACAUGUUUAAAAGCUGUGACUGGAGCAGUAUCAUGUGUACACAUUGUUCAUCAUCGGUCUCUACUUGCUGCUAUACUAGGGAUGAGCUUGUGGGAUUAUGGAACAGAUGUGAUGGAUGCAUUGAUUGAAUUGCUUAUUGCCUUGGCUUCAUCAAAUGGUGAUUAUGUUGAUUUAUGCCUGGAGAUGCUUUUAAUGAAUUUCAUGCCUCCGCCUGCUGCUUCUUACUUUGUUGAAUUACUGAAGCAACCUCGGGGUCUUGCUAAAAAGAUUCAAGUUCUUGAUCGUGUCCAUUCAACCUUGAAAGAUAUUUCAAAUCUAGUUCCUCUUACGCCGCUCAGACUAGAGAAGAUAGUGAGGGAUAGAAUGCCCCCCAUAUACGCUAAAGAACCUUUCAUUGUGAUGUAUGCGGAGAAUAUAUUGAGAUUGGAGAGUGGUACGAUUGGUGAACUUGUUGGUAGCACUGGUUUGGUCGCAUUAAUGGACAAACUAAUAGAGUUGGAUGUGGAAAUUUCUUGGGAGGAUAUUUUGCAGGAUGAUUUCCAUAAGGGUAUGUUCGAUAUAGAACUAGAAGACCUUGAGAGCCCUGCAGAUCCUAUCGAGCAAGAUGGUGAUGAGCUUACUAGGGAUGUUUUAAUCGAAAGGUUUCUUAGUACAAACUUGAGUGCUCAAAAGUUAGACAGUCUGAUGGUGCUUACAUUUGAAUACCUUAAAUCUUGUUAUGAGAGUGGUCGUCUGGUUCAGGUGUUUGAGACCCUCCUCCAAUCAUUUCAGAAAACAACUUUGACCGCUUACAAAUCAAAAUUUGCUCAGUUUGUCAUGUUCUAUGCUGGCUCGCUGGAUCCUGAAAAUUGUGGAAAGAUGUUUGCCAAUGCUCUUAUAGAUAUCUAUGUGAGUGGCGUCAAUCCUGAAUGGAGAAUGAGCGCAGUAGCAUACCUUGCAAGUUAUCUGGCUCGUGCCAAAUUUAUUCCCGUCUCAUUUGUUGCUGCGAUGCUGGAAAGAGUGGUGAGCUGCUGUUUCCUUUAUUGCAAAAACCAGGAUGGUGACAUUAAUCCAAAAGCUCAUAAAUUAUUUUAUGCUGGUUGUCAGGCUAUAAUGUAUGUGCUUUGUUUUCGUAUGAAACAAAUGCUUGCUAUUCCUCGGCUGAAGUCCCAACUACUGCUCAUGCGCAUCGAUGAUAUCCUUAGGCAUCCUUUAAGACCACUGCAGAUAUGCUUGCCAUCAAUAGUAGAAGAAUUUCUACGGCUGGUCAAAGCAAGUCGCAUAUUUUCUCUGCCCGAAACACUUGUCGAACAUGGACUCCUGGAAUCACAGCAUUCUAUGGUAUUUGGUGGGUUAGAAAGAUUAGACAUGUUUUUCCCAUUUGAUCCUUGCCUGUUAAGGAAAUGUGACAGCUACAUCCGGCCAAAUUAUGUGUACUGGUCAAUGGUGAGAAGCACUCAUGAUGAAGACGAUGGCGAAGAAGGCACGAGUGAUGAAGAUGUUGCAGACGCCUAUGAGUGUGGAAACGGAAUGAGUAUCGGAAUGAGUAUUCCAAGUGACAGGAGUCACGAUGAGGGAGAGUCUGAUGCUGAUGAGUUUGACUGUUCUCUGGAUAAAAUGUCCAUUACACCUAGGGACUUGAGUCACAAAUUCGGGGGCAGAAUGCAGAGAUUCACGCAGAUGCCCUCCAAGAUCAGACCUUCAACGAGUCCCGAGUCAUUGUGAUUUUUGUUCUGAAAGAACACCAUAAUGUCAAGUGUAAUAGUAUUAGGAAGAGAUGUAUACGAGAUACAGCAAUCGUGCUUUGCAGAUUGAUAAAUGUAAUAGUUAACUCUAUUCACUGUAAGAAACUGAAUGUAGGGCAAUUUUGACAAUCUUUGUUAUUGAUUUGUAAACAUGCUAACACUCAGCUGAAGCUGGAGGUAAAAGAAUUUGUGCA